CUCCCCGGAGACCACGCCUUGCAUCACUCCGCAGCCCGAGCGGAUAUAUAACGCGGGUAAUUUCCCAUCACUGUUAUGAAAAGCCCACAAUCAAGCAAAUUGUCGUUCUCUACUGUCUCGGACGAAUCGAUGGUUGAAAUUAAGCGGGAAGAAGUCUCGCUUGGCGUUAGUGACGUUUCGGAGGAUGAGAAUGAGAAAUAUCGAUUGUUGUAUAGCAAGUCGAAAGUGUAUGUCCAUCCAACUGCAUAUGCGAAGGACAACAUACCGGGCUUUGUCACCCUCGUCAAACGCGAGGCUGUGAAUCCGAAAUAUCUCCUUGCUUGGAUUCCGGAGUCGUUAUUGAAUGAGAAGGGCAAGGACGAAUGGGACAAGUUCGUCAAAAUUGAGGAGAGGACUGGGUUAGACGAUGAAGACGAAGACGUAGUUCUCAUCGAUCUUCCGGUUCGACGUCCUGAGACCUACGCGUUCUCGGUACCCCUAACAUCGGUCUAUUCUCUCAUUGUUCACCCUCCGACUCUCACAUCCUGGCAUGGAUCUAUUGCGGUGAACUUGACAAGCGGCUCGACACUACCUACUCUAUACUUCCAUGACGAGGAAUCGCGAUCAUUCAGCACAUCUCCCAUUUCUCCUCCGAUCAAUCAAGCAGGCUCUGGAUCCAGUACCACAACGAGCUCAUACCCGCCGCGGGUGAUUGAUUCUGGUGCUCGAGCUCCGGGUUUGACGACAUGGGGUGGUGAAGACCUACUGGCUCGACUCAGACAAUAUGCGCAUCUUCUCCGGUCUAACCUCCAGUCUACACUCUUCCUUGUCGAUCCGAGUAAGGCUGAUAUCGAAACUCAUACGAUGCAACUCUUCGACGAUGACGCGGUGGAUGACAUCCUUGCCCGGUCCUCCUAUGCCAACUCAUACUCGCCAGUUCCCGCACAUAGGCGCCCACGGCCAUUAUCUUCUGCCAGUGGAUCAACUUCAUCUUCGAGCAAUGGAAAUGGCUCAAACCCGUACUCUGAGAGGUCAUCAGUCUUACAUCGAUCUCUGCAUCCUCCGAGUCCCCCUAAUUCAGGUUCACAAGCACGAACUGCACUUCUACAUAGUUUCGCUCAGCUAACAAGAGCAACCCGCCACGCAGCGCAGCAGAUUCUUUCUCACCCACUCGCUCAGCCCAUCGUUCCGCAUCUUCCUGAUCCUGUCAAGUCGAUUGUAAAUGCUUCAGGCGAGACGCAAUGGGGAUCAUGGGUGGAAAAAGGUGGCGUAGGCGAGUUCGAUUCUGCGCGCGUUUAUCUCGCUCGUUGGGCUCGAAUCGUGGCAGAAGAAGGGGAACGAGCGCGACAACGUGAGGUUCGUGCGAUUCCUGUAGGGACAGGAGCAUCAACUCCUUCAGAUUCUCGCUUGGAUGAGGAUGGUGAACUUGGUGUGUUUGAGCUACUUCACACCUCUGCGAACUUGCCCAAGCCGCGGAGCACUCGUGAUCCACGCCAUCCCAUUGAUGAGGAGACGUGGUUGGGUUGGUUCCAAGCUGACGGACGACCGCGUGUUCGCGAAGAGGAGAUGCGGAAAGAAGUCUUUAGGAGAGGCAUUUCUCCCCGUGGAAACCUACGGAAACGUAUCUGGCCUUUCAUUCUAGGUGUUUUGGAAUGGGACGCUGAUGACAAGCAAAGAGCUGAACAAUGGGAAGAGAAGCAGACACGAUACCACGAACUCAAAGACGAAUGGUGUGGAGUAGACGAGGUGUUUAACAGACAAGAUGUCAUCGAGGAGAGGCAUAGAAUCGACGUCGAUUGCCGACGAACAGACCGGACACAACCUCUUUUCAUCACUCAUUCACCCAAUUCUUCACCUUCAUCCUCGCCAGGUCAAGAAAAUAAUGCAUCAAGAGUACAUCGUCGAUACACAAGCUUCUCACCAUCCCCAUUCGAUCAUGGUGCUCAAGCGCCAAGCAACGACCACAUCGAACGACUUGCAGAGAUUCUCUUGACGUACAACUUCUAUGAAAAACAGCUUGGCUACGUACAGGGCAUGUCUGAUUUGUGUGCACCGAUUUAUGUUGUGAUGGGUGGAGAUGAGGAGAUGAUAUUUUGGUGUUUCGUGGAGGUUAUGAAUCGGAUGAAACAAAAUUUCCUACGUGAUCAAAGUGGAAUGAAAAAGCAGCUUCUAACGUUACAGCAACUUAUUAGCGUGAUGGAUCCAGAGCUGUACCGACACCUUGAAAAAACCGACGGACUAAAUCUUUUCUUCUGCUUCCGCUGGGUAUUGAUUGCAUUCAAACGAGAGUUCCCAUUCGAUGACGUUCUUAAAUUAUGGGAAGUCCUUUGGACGGAUUACUACAGCGCGAAUUUUGUCUUGUUCGUCGCCCUGGCCAUCCUUGAGUCACAUAGAGACGUGAUUCUCCGGUAUUUAAUUGAGUUCGACGAGAUUCUCAAAUACUGCAACGAACUGAGCAUGACGAUCGAGCUAGACACGACGCUCGCACAAGCCGAAGUGCUCUUCAUCUCCUUCACGCAGCUCGUAGCUGAUAUAGAUCGACGGAAAGCGGAGAACGACUUCACUGUCACAACUGAUGUGAACGCUAUUCGAAACAGACGUCGAAAACAAACUGGGUCUGAGGCGACUGUAAAUGGCAGACAGAAGUCGGAUGAUGGUAGUUCGGACUCGACCGAAGUGGGGAGGACGACUGCGCGGAAUACGACUAUUUCGUUACCGUCGAUAGGAGAGAAUUUGCGUGAACUGUUAGAGAAUGGACGUUGAUUAGGUAGAAUGACAUAUACUGUACUUGUAAACGUUGUAUACACGAUGGGCCUU